AGGGAUGUUUGUCAUUUUGAAGUACUCUUUCAUUUAGGUGCAAAUCAACAUCCAAAGCCUUGCGUGUUAUAAAUCAGCUGCACUUGUCUAUCACUUGUACCACUAGAGAAUCUAAUCUGGCAAAGGUCAAUAAAGGUAAAUCAGUCUCCAGUCUCCUGCACACCAGAAGUCCUCUUUCUAAACACUAAGGCAUAGACAUUCCGUGCUGGAUCUUAUCAGCAAUGCAUAACCAACAGCCCAUUUUGCUCCUGAUGGAGCGUGACAUGAGGAGCAGACUUGUCACAAGUGCUGCAGAAGGACAGCAGAGGGGAUGUCCCUUCCCUUUGGGUUGCAAGUCCUUCUGUGCUCCAUCCUCAGUUCCCUUCCUAAUGCUUAGGUGGGAAAAAUGCACAGAAACAUUACACAUCCCUGUGUGGCACUGAGGGCAAGGCAUUUUUGCAGGUUGUUUGGCCAUUAUGGGACACCCAGGAUGCAGGACACAGCAGAUCUAGAGCUUCUGUCCCAGAGAUGGGUUCAGCUAGUUCCUCAUACACCACCCAGUUGCAGUCUGCAGCCCAGACCCCUAAAAUUAACUUCUUGUAUUUCUUUUUGAGCAGCCUCUUUCAAAUCCCAACUACACACCCAAAAUGAGCUACCCAGACCAACUGCAAGAAGAGUAGGAUCAAAAUAAUGGUCUCAGAGCCAGGAGUGGAUUUACCAGGCACAAAACUCCCACUAAUUAGAUGGAACAGUUAGAUGACAAAGUUCAGGCAGGGGUUGGGGGGUUGCAGUUGGGAUUUCUCACCAGAGCAGUGAUGUUCAGGUUGCUUCAGGAAGAUGUGAGGGGGGAAUCUGUCCUUUGGCUGCUGGCUGUGGUUGGAGCAUGUCAGUGUCUGAGUGUGACCAGGUCUGGGGGAGGGUGGGUGUGCUGACACAUCUGGAGCUGGGGGUUGUGUGCCAGGGCUCAGCUCUGGAUGCCUUGCAGGUGCCUGAGGCUGAUCCAACCCCUGCAUCAGGCAAGGACCUUCUGAGACUGGACAGGACCCACCUCUGGUGGAGGCUGAGCGAGCAGCAGAUCCCAGUGGAACUGGGAAGGGGAUUCCCUAGAGGUCUUGUGCAAGGGGGAAUUAGUGGGAGGAGGCAAAUAUUUUAGUGUGGUAACGCUGGGAGGUCAUUGUAGACCGAACGAAGAAAGGAUCCUGUGUUAUAAACCCCACAAUAUCCACCCAGGAAAUAUCCAAACACUUCAGAUCUCUUCUGAAGUUAUUUCCUUAAUUCUGUUUUAACUCCCGCACGUUUGCGGAUGCAAUUAUUGUCCUAUGGAAAAAAGAAAAUAUCCUCCCACACAAGUGAGAUGAAGAAUAUUAGCUGAAGUCAGCCACUUGUGACAAGAGCUGCUUGAAGAACAGAGAGCUGUGUUUAUGGUGCUCUGGUAACAAGCAAAGAGCACACUUUAAAAUAAUUAAUAGAUAAAACAACAGCCGUUCUCCUUCUUCGAGAGCGGCGAGCCCUGCUCCAGCUGUGCCCGUCUCCCAGAUGUGCCCGUGGGUCUGAGCGUGGGACUCCCGCCUGCAGACUCAUCCCGCCUGCAGACUCGUCUCACCAGAUGAACCAGUUUCACUUUCAGAAAUAGGAAGUUCGCCGGGAAGGGCCGGCGAGCGCCCAGACGCGUGCGAAGAACGCGGGGCGGCAGGAUGAGCUGCCCGGCCGGCAGCAUGAGCCCGGGAUCACCCCUUCCUCCGGCCCCCCGAAGCGCGGUGGCAUAGCCCACCGCACCCACCGCAUCACCGGGGAUGGAGCAGUUUGUCAGGAAGCGCUUGAGCUUCCUGACAUCCUUCUGGAACAAGCUCCGUCCCCGUGCCGUGACGGAGAGCUGCUCCCUGGGGUAUCUUGGUUCUGAUUCCGUUUCGCUGCACUCGGAGCCGAACUCCAUUUCCUUCAUCCCCAAGUCUUCUCUCUGUAUCGCUUUAUACGCUUUCACAGCCCGGAGCUCCGAGGAGCUGAGCGUAAGCGCAGGGGACAAACUGCGUGUCCUCAGAGAAGAGGGGGAGUAUGUGUUAGCCCGGCGGCUGCUGGGGGAGCCGGCCAUGGGCUACGUCCCUGCUGCCUACGUGGCCAACCUCAGCCAGGGCACCUCAGCUCACCGCCCCUGGUACUUCAGCAGGAUUAGCCGAAACGAAGCGGAACAGCUCCUCCUCUCGCCUCCCAACCAGCACGGCUCCUUCCUUGUCCGGGACAGUGAGAGCAGCAAGGGCGAAUACUCUCUCUCAGUGCGCAACCACACCAAGGUCAGCCACUUCCGAAUCUGCAAGAGCCCCAGGGGCAGCCUCUACAUCCAGAAGGGACACCCCUUCCCCAACAUGGAGGAGCUCCUCGCCUUCUACAUGGAGCACUGGAAGGUCAUCCAGAGCCCUUUGCUGCAGCCCUGCAGCCCUGCGACCCCCCCUGAGAGGGAUGGCUGGGAGCGCCCGCGCUGGGAGUUCACCCUGCGGAGGAAGCUGGGAGAGGGCUACUUCGGAGAGGUGUGGGAAGGGCUGUGGAGGAACACGGUGCCAGUGGCCAUCAAAAUCAUAAAAGCUGACAUGAAAGCAGAAGACUUCACCAAGGAGAUUCAGAACCUGAAGCGCCUGAGGCAUGAGAAGCUGAUCCAGCUGCACGCUGUCUGCUCGCUGGAUGAGCCCGUGUACAUCAUCACCGAGCUCAUGCGCAAAGGCAACCUCCACAGCUACCUCAACAGUCCUGAAGGGAAGUCCCUGGGCACCUCCCACCUGCUCAACAUUGCCUGCCAAGUGGCAGAUGGGAUGAGGUACCUGGAGGAGAAGCACAUUGUCCACCGGGAUCUGGCAGCCCGAAACAUCCUGGUGGGAGAGGAACUCACCUGCAAAAUUGCUGAUUUUGGACUUGCCCGGCUCCUCAAGGAUGACAUUUAUUCCACCAGCAGCAGCACUAAAAUCCCGGUGAAGUGGACAGCCCCAGAGGCAGCCAACUACCGCACCUACUCCCUCAAGUCCGAUGUCUGGUCCUACGGGAUUCUGCUCUAUGAAGUCUUCACAUAUGGACAGAUCCCGUAUGAAGGGAUGACAAACCAAGAAACUGUACGGCAAAUCACCAGGGGCUACCGCCUUCCCCGGCCCAGCUGCUGCCCUCCUGAGAUCUACAGCAUCAUGCUGGAAUGCUGGAGUGGGAACACGGAGGAGCGUCCCACCUUCCUGGCCCUGCGGGAGAAGCUGGGCUUCAUCUACAGAAGGCUGCUCAGCUCCCUCUCCUGAGGGACCCCUUCCCACCAUCCUUCCUGCACAAGACCCUCCAGGCCAGCUCUUGCCAAGAAGUUCCUUUCUGCUAGUUUGCCCUUUGACAGGGCUACAAGGAAAGCACAUCCCCCCCAAAAACAGUCCAUGGUCCCUCGCAGUCAGGAUGCAGGGAGGUGGCAAAGGGAAAAGGCAAUGAGUUGUGGAGAACUUGUUGCCAGCACUGGGCUGUGUAGCAGUCUGGAGAAGCCCCGUGGUAGCAGAGGCAUCACCCAGAGUUUACAUCUUCAUUCAGCCAGUAGGGUGGGAGGUCCCUGCCACUCCCCACACCAACAUGAAGGUUUGCAGUUCAUGUUCAGCUGUGGCUCCCCUUGAUUUUUCUUGUAGUGUGUGUCCAGUGUAUUUAUCAAUAAAUGUGUGUGCAUCCAUCUGUGGGAGUCCUCACAGGGCACUGCUGGAUGCUCUGUCCAUGCCACAUUGCUCUGCUCCCUCCCAGGAAUCAUAGAUUGAUUUGGGAUGGAAGGGAUCUUCAUGGUUCAUCUUGUUCCAACCCCUCUGCCAUGAGCAAUGACACUUUCCACUAAACCAAGUUGCUCCAAGCCCCUUCCAAGCUGGAUGUGAACACUUUCAGGGAUGGGUUCAAGGAACCCAUCAAGGAUAGGUUCAAGGAAGCAAUGGUUUGCAACCAGUCCCACUCUUGGAACCACAGAUAUAACCAUUCUUUUGUCUCUUUGGACUCUGUUCAUCCAGGUACACACUAAACCCCAGUGUGCCUCUGCCAGCCCUUUCCCAGCCAGUAGCCCUGCUUGCCCUGAGAACCCUGCACAGGCAGCUCCUCUCUGGGCUGCUCUGCUCUGGAUCCUUGUCUCACUCACCAUCGUGUGUUAAUUCCAAGAAAAAUAUAUGUUUGGGAUAAAUUAUCUAAUGUCUUCUUAUCCCAGGUGCAGGCAGGGAAGGUAAAACUGCUUCACUCAAAAGAGAGUUUUACUCUUUACCCCACCCUUGGUGCAAAGCCAGGAGAUGAUCCCACCACCCCCAGCUCCUCACUGAUCCCAGGGCACAGCAUUAUAGGGCAGCCUUGAGCCUCUGGUCCCUCCCAAGCCGGGGGAGCAUUUGCUCCAGCCAAGUCCCUGUUGCCCAUCCUGCCCAUGCACACUCCCAGAGGCCAGGCUGUCCUUGGCAGCAGUGGAAGGACUCAUGGAAAAGCAGCACUGGGAGCAAUGCCAAGACUCCAGACUGGUGCAGGCAGCCUCUCCGGGGUGGCCUGAGUGAGGCUGCUUGAGCACUAACACACUCAUGGCUCUGGUGGCAGGAGCACAAAGUGCUGUGUGGGUGAAAGGCAGCUGGCACUGAAUUCCUCCUGAUGAGCCUAUUUUGCCUGUUUGCAGGUGGCUGCUGGGACUGAGCCAACAGCUGUGUUGGAAUUUAUAAAGUUAAUAAAGUUUAUGCAACACUCCCCA